CUGAAAUCAUGAAUCCUGUGUAUAGCCCUGGAUCUUCUGGGGUUCCCUAUGCAAAUGCCAAAGGAAUUGGUUAUCCAACUGGCUUCCCAAUGGGCUAUGCAGCAGCUGCUCCUGCCUAUUCCCCCAAUAUGUAUCCUGGAGCAAAUCCUACCUUCCAAACAGGUUAUACACCAGGCACCCCGUAUAAAGUAUCUUGUUCACCCACUAGUGGAGCAGUGCCACCAUAUUCUUCGUCACCGAAUCCCUACCAGACUGCUGUGUACCCAGUUCGAAGUGCCUAUCCGCAGCAGAAUCCAUAUGCACAGCAAGGCACUUAUUACACGCAGCCUUUAUAUGCAGCACCACCCCACGUAAUCCACCACACCACCGUUGUGCAGCCCAAUGGCAUGCCAGCAACUAUGUACCCUGCUCCGAUUCCGCCACCAAGAGGGAACGGUGUGACUAUGGGGAUGGUGGCUGGGACUACUAUGGCAAUGUCAGCAGGUACUCUGUUGACAACUCAUUCCCCAACUCCAGUAGCCCCUCAUCCAGUUACUAUGCCCACAUAUCGGGCUCCAGGAACACCAACCUAUAGUUAUGUGCCCCCACAGUGGUGAUCAUCCUGGCAGUCAGUGUUUGAAGAUGGGAGAUAUGCAAUCAAGAAAUUGAGAUUUAAAAGUUGGUGCUGAAGCCCUCAUGCCUCCAACCAGGACUUUUCUUCUGAAUGCUUUCAACACUUGGCUAAACACUACUAAUUCCUGAUCACUGAAGAUUUUCCAGUGCUGCAUAUCUUACAUCUUGGAACUCCAGCAGUUAGUCUUAAAGCAAAUCCUGUUUUGUGGACUGUCUUGCAAUUUUUUAGCUAAUUAUAAUGAUAAAAAAGGGAGUAUAAAUUUAUUCUGAUCCAUAUCUAGUUGAAUGCAUGUUAAAACACAAAAACAAAGCUUGCUCAAUCUACCUGCAGUGACUGAUGCAAAAACCAUCAUAUGCAAAUCCAAAGGAACCGAAAAGUAUUUUACAACUUGUAUCACUAAUGCACUGUUGUAAUGUAUGCAGGGUCUUAAAAGGUAGAAUCAGAAAAGUGAGUUUCUUUAUAGAAUACCAUAACAUACAUUAGAUAAGUGCUUCAGCCUUUUUCAGGUUGAUGGAGUUGCCAGUUUAAAAGGGGCAUAUUUUUAUUUAAGUCAUGUAUUCUUUUAAAACUCAACUACUAAAUUGGAGUGACUGGAAAAUGAGUCAGACAAGCUGUAGAAAUCCCGCACACAAUUAGUUUACUUCAUACCUUUUCAUUUUCGUUAUAUGGAUUCAGUGUUAUACAGAUGUUCUUAAGGAUCAGAAUGAAAUGACAAAGGUAAUGCUGUGUGUGCCAGAAAAUAAAGCAAAUUUCCUUGAGGCAAAAC